CCUCACCCAUCCACCACAUAAACAUAUAUAAACGAACACCAGCAGCAAUUCCCGUAGACAAUAAAACAAACACAUCUCCAGUGUUUGACCAAAAAACCAUCCCAACAACUAACAAAUCCAAGAUCGUUUCGAACAUGGUGCUAACACCUCACCCCUCAGCCCCAGACAACCACAAAGUAAUCCCCCUCUGGAUCAACGGCUCAGCAUACCCUUUUUCCAACAACGACACCUUAUUCCCAAUCACCAGCUCCCUUUCAAACAAACCCCUCCACUACGCCAUCUCGUCCACGGCGGAAACCGCCUCAAAAGCGUGCGACGCCGCGGCUACAGCCUUCAAAACAUGGCGUUCGACUACUCCGCUUCAUCGCCGUAGUUUGCUGCUCAAAGCUGCUGAUAUCAUCGAGGCUCGCUCCCAGGCGCUCGCAGCGAGUCAGAUCGCUGAAACGAGCUGCCCGCAGCGAUUCGCGGAUAAGAAUGUUCAGCUCGGGAUUAGUACAUUGAGGGAGGUUGCAGCGGCGACGAGCGAGAUUUGA